GGUGGAUCCUGCAGGAGAAUUAUUACCCGGCAUGAGACAGAAGUGACCGGCAGGACACGGAGAGCGGCGGGGAGGGAAUGGAGAGCUCGGUGCCGCUUGGGAAUAGUGUCAGGACGGGAGCAGCGUGUGGAAGGAUAAUGGCUGUUCCCAGUAAAGCUGCGCAAGGAGACGCCAGAGCCCGCUGGAAGCUAUUGGGACAGGCCCUUAGAAAAGAGCGCUUGGACGACAGUCUCCAGAAAGUGUCUGUUCGAAGAUUCAAUUCCUUUCGUCUGUUCUCAGUGGUGGAAAUGAAAGAGAUAAAACGAGAAGCCGAUUGCCAAACCUGGUUUCGGUACACCUGUGUGUUCUGCCCUCAGUACAGCCUGUGCUUAAGACAUAAUUCUGGCAUCUCCAACGUGGCCGACAUCCUCACAAGUUUCGACAACACCGGAAAUGUCUGUGUGUGGCCUUCUGAAGAGGUAAUGGCCUACUACUGCCUCAAGCAUAAAGAUAUAUUCAGGGGCCUUGCUGUGUGUGAACUAGGGGGUGGCAUGACAUGCUUGGCUGGGCUCAUGGUCGCAAUUUCUGCCGAUGUCAAGGAAGUCCUAUUGACGGACGGAAACGAAAAGGCCAUCAAAAAUGUUUCUGAUAUAAUAAGAAGACCCCAAAAUGAAGAAAUGUUUAAAGAUCGGCUUGUUUCGAGCAGAGUUCUGCGAUGGGAUAAUGAGACAGAUGUCUCUCAACUGGAAGGACAUUUUGACAUUGUUAUUUGCGCAGACUGCUUGUUUCUGGACCAGUACAGAGCCUGCCUUGUUGAUGCAAUAAAGAGAUUACUGAAGCCCAGUGGAAAAGCGAUGGUAUUUGCUCCACCGAGGGGGAAUACUUUAAGCCAGUUUUGCAAUCUAGCGGAGGCGGCUGGUUUUUCCAUCCAAAGACAUGAAAAUUACGAUGAGCACAUUUCCAACUUCCACUCCAAGCUGAAAGAGAAAGAAGCCGCAGUCUACGACGAAAACCUCCACUAUCCCUUUCUACUGGUUCUUUGUAAAACAAGGUAGAGACGGUUCUGCUCAGACUCCCAGGUUCCGCUCACUUAUCCAGCACCUGAUUGGCUCCGAUGACUGCGAAAAGGGAUUCUGAUCAUGGUUCUAAGAGUGUGUCGUUCUGCUUGAUCUUAUGUACAAGUCAUGUGCCAUAGCAUAAAGGGGAAGUUAAGCAAGGUCUGGGCUGGAUUUAGGGGUAAUAAAGGAUAGUUGUACCUCUGUCUAAUGGGGAAGAUGAUAUAAAACAGGCGUGUUGAGCCUUAUAGUCUGCAGGAUGAUUUCUUUAUAUUUAUAACAAUGAUUAGACAGUAUAACAAAGUCAAUGGGAUCUUUAAAUGCAUCCCUCCUCCUCCUUCACGUUCCCUUCCCGUUCUACCCUACAACCAGCCCUUGCCACUAUAUUUCAGGUCUGUGCUCAACUGCCAACCGAUCUGACAGUUUGUAAUACAAUACUUAAUUUAAAAAAA